UCGGACCGGCCCUGCCCUGCCUCGAGGAGCGGGUUACUCACAGGAAGCCGCUCACAGGAUCAUUCCGAAACUACUGAUUACUUGGUAAAAGUAACACACGAACCUCUGAAAUCUUUCCUUCAGAUAUAAUGUCUGCUCCAGGUGGCAACCCUGCCCCAUCUGCACCACCUUCUUAUGAGGAAGCUGUAGGCAUCAAUAUGAACUAUCCUCACCCCUAUCCCGUCCCUGGCCCUGGACAGAAGCCAGAUGGGAAGGGAAUGAACCCUCCCCCACACAUGGGACAGCCUCCAUCAGCAAAUAACCCCAUUACUGUUCAGACGGUGUAUGUGCAGCAGCCAGUAGUGUUUUAUGACCGCCCGGUUCAGAUGUGCUGCCCGUCCUGUAACCAGGUGAUAGUGACACGUCUCUCGUAUGACUCAGGAGCUUUGACCUGGCUGUCGUGUGGUGGCCUCUGCCUGCUGGGGUGUAUAGCAGGCUGCUGCUUAAUUCCCUUCUGCAUUGAUGCCCUAAAGGAUGUGGAUCACACCUGUCCAAAAUGCAAUGCUCUUAUUGGUUCUUACAAACGUUUAUAGGCAGUGUUUAAACAUUGAUGAGUGAAGUUGUUUAGCACCUCUACAAGCCCUCUCUGAAGCUUCAUGGAGACUUCUUGUUUUUUCUGUGCAUCCUUUCACUGGAAACCAAUAAAAAGUAAUGUUUAUUGCUAGAUGGUUUGAAUAUGCAUUUGCUUGAGAGGAGUCUCACUUAGGUAUGUAAAAAGCAUACCUCAUCUGUAUGGGCCACUCAGAUCCAGCACCGGUGGAGAGCAAUGGAGUGUUUCCCUUUUUGCUUUAUGCAGAACAGGUUGGUGUUGUUCAGUUAAUCUUGUCUCAGGAAUGUUGCACAUUGUGCUUGCAUUGAAACUGUAAAGUCUCAGCACAGAACAAGAGGAGGAUGUGUAUGGAGAACUAUUUAAGCUCAUGCUUUGGCAGCAGCGCUGUUUAUGAACUUGCAGGGAGUUGCCUCAGAGACAGGUGCUCCUCUUUGAAAAAAGAAAUUGUUUGUUGUCAUCUUUUCAUGAGCACUAGAAUUCAUUUUAAAACUUCUGUAGGUGGAAGAUAACCAAACUAAAGGCUUCUUCCUUCUUUGAAGUAGCUUUUGCAAAUUGACAACUCGGGUCGUUGUGCAAAAAUAAUGAUUGAAUCUAGUAUAUGAAUUUUAUUGCCAGUUUCAGGUCUAGUCAUGUCUCUAAUCUGAAGUAAAGAUGUUCAUAUAGAAGCUAUUUGUUCAGUGGUUUUUAGGCUGGAGGCUUUCUUACUGCUGAUUGAAAGUCUGUGAAGUGUUUUCUUCACCCCAGUGGAAAUGCCUGGAGAGCCUUGGUUUGAUCAUUGGAAAACUUCCUUGUACAUUUUACGUAGGUCAGCUGAUCGAUCAUAAACAAGCCUCGGCCUUAUCUUAAGGCUUGAAUUCCACCUGAGACACAUAAAUAAAACACCUGGGCUUUUAGUUGUUGACCUGCUCAUUAAUUAUUGUUUCUUUAUUACGAAGGUAAAAUGUUUGUUAAGGAGUUUCUCUGAUUAUUCUAAAUUAAAUUAAAGAUGAAUUCUGCUUUUAUAAACUUAAGAUGGAUAUGCUUAAGAUGAUAAUCACAAAAAAUUAGGGAAUGAAUCUCUGAAGGUUAAAGUAAUUUCUGUGUCAUAAGCAACUUGAUCAAACAACAUUUUGAUGUGUAUCACAGAAUCCGAAUCACAAAAUCAGCUGGGUUGGAAAAGGCCUUUGAGAUCAUCAUGUCCAACCUGUGUCCUAAUGCCACCUUAUCAACCAGACCAUGGUGCUGAAUACCACACCCAAUCUUUUCUUAAAUACCUCCAGGGACAGCAACUCCACCAUCUCCCUGGGCAGGCCAUUCCAAUGUCUGAUCACCCUUUCUGUAAAGGUCUUCCUAAUGUGCAACCUAAAUGACACCUCUCCAGAAAAGGCAGACAGGUGUUUAAAAAACGCUAUGUUAGUAACACUGUAUUAAUAUCUGUAAAAGUAAAAAUAAAUACAAAUAAAAAGAAAUAAAAAUAAAAUAAAUAGAAAUAAAAAAUACUGCAUUUGCUGUUCUUACCAAAUGUGCCUUCUGUAAAUAUUUGGUGUAAGUUAGUUUUUCAAAAGUCUUUCAAUCCUUUAUGUUUGAAAUCCAGUAAUUUUGUAGAUCACGUACAAUCUCUAGGCCUUGUCUUAAUUAGGUUUUGUAAACUGCUGUUGCUUGUGAAUCAGUCUGCAAAUGAUUUAAGAGCUUGUGUAUUUGGAGAAGGUUUCUGGUCUCCUCAUGUAAGAAUGUACAUCAGCAGCUACUCACUGGCAGGAGGAUGAUGGAGAUAAAAAGCUGAUGGUUUUGGAUCUGUCCAUCUUGAUGACAUGGUACCAACAAGUGCUUUUGUCUGCUCCACCAUACUGCUCUCCCUGUUCUUGAAGAGCUUGGGUGAUGCUGCAUUGAACUUUCUGUUCUGGUGACACAAGCAAGUCUUGUGCCUUACUGGGAAGGAGAAUUCCCCACUGGGAGUCACAGAAAAUGUGCUUCUUGUCAUUUUAUUGUCAGAGCAAGACAGAAAGAAGCAAUGAAGAACACAGUGUUUCCAAACUUGGGAUUUGCUUGCAUGCUGGGGAUGAUUUUUAAUUCUUUUAGUACCCUGUCAGUCUGGUCUGUGUAAUCCUGCCAUAUAUUCUUUUGGUAAGUCUUCAGUUGUUAUUCCUUUAGCUCCCCUUUUCUUUCCAAAGUGAUGGUUGGAAAAUCUGAGGUGUUGGAAUCAGAAUGCAAAAUACCAAAAAAAAAAUUUGUUUUGAUUUAUGUGGACAGUCCGUUGAUUCUCUUUAAGUUUCUUGUAUGGAUUGAGAAUAGGACACACAAUGUUGGCAGCUCUUCCUUCUAAUUCAGCAUUCUGCAAGGCUUUCUGCUGCCCCUUCUAUAGCUGUGUUUCCUUAAAUGCAAAGCCUGUGUUUGUUCUCUUCUGUAUGAAAUGAUGUACAGACUGUGCCAAAGUAACCUGCUUUAUUAAACCUACCUUGGACAAACAAAUGCAGGAUGUAACUUCCUUUGUGUGAAAGCACUUUGUGUUUGAUUAUGUUGAAAUUACUCUUUGUUGUUAAGACUGACUCUAUUUGAAAUAAAAACUUUGUCUUUCCUA